AUCUCCAAUCUCCAUCUCUCUCUCUUUCUCUCUGUCUCUCUCUCGCCCUCUUUCCAUCUCUCACUCUCUCUCUCUGAAAAAUGUCCAAUAUUUUCCGGAAGAACUUCAACCUCUGCUUCUCCAAACUGCGGUGUCCAAACACGCCCUUAACACAACAACCGCAGCCAUCUGCAGCCGAGGAUCACGGCCGUCCGCCCCGCCUGAUGGUCAAGACCUUCAACUCGCUGUACGACCCCACCACCUCCUCCGUCUCCACCUCCAAAUCCCGCACCGACGUCGACCUCUUCUCCGACUCCGACGCCGAUUCCGUCCUCGACUCCCCUCCCGACCUCGCCAACGCUUUCGCCUCUCACCGCUUCUUCUUCUCCUCCCCUGGCCGCUCCAACUCCAUCGUCGACUCCCCGCUGGAGCCCGACACCGUCUCCGGGGCCGGCGUCGUCGCCGUCCCUACCUACUCGCCGGACCCCUACUCGGAUUUCCGGCGGUCGAUGCAGGAGAUGGUGGAAGCAAGGGAUUUGGUGGACGUGAGGGCCAAUUGGGAGUACCUGCACGAGCUCCUCUUGUGCUAUCUCACGCUUAAUCCAAAGCACACCCACAAGUUCAUCGUGGGGGCCUUCGCCGACCUCCUCAUCUCCCUGAUGUCGUCGACGAUCAUCGGCUCUGGGGAGCCCGACGAACACCACCGACGACGUCGUUUGGCGUGACUCCUUUCUAAUUUUUUUAAAAAAAUUGUGGACCGACUAUCUGAUUUUUGGUAAUUAAUUCACAGAAUUAAAUUAGAUUUGUCUUCGGUGAAAAAAUGCAAAACGAAGAGAUGGAGGCGUCUUAUUUAUUUAUGUCUUCGAUGAAUGCUACUUUUUUUUUUUAUUAUAAAAUAAUGUUGUGUACUGUAAUGUUGUAAAAUGUGUUGGUAAGAAAAAUGUGUUAAAAAAAAGUGGUUUCUUGUUGGUUAAAUUUUUUGCCGACAAUACCAAAGAGAAGGGUAGUUGAUUUCUUUGCUGUCUUAUGUUUUUUGUAGCUUGAAGGGUUAAUGAAAUAUUUAUUGGCAUGAAAA